AUGAGAAUUUUUUUAUUUCCUCAUAUCCUGGGACAGGCCAUGAAUUUGGAGGACCUACUUUAUUCUGUAGAGCCACGACUCGGUCUCCCACCUGAACAUCUUGUGUCCUGCGAUCUUAGCUUGAUUGUUAUCAUGGGCCAAGGGCAUCCUGAUGAUCAUUUAAAUUUUGAUAUGCAUUCUGAGGAUCAUAUUAGUCUUGAUAGAUCAAGUCUUCUGGCUGCUAGUCUCGAAGCUGCCCUUCAUAAUGCCUCCUGGCUCAGAAAGAUACAGGUUUUUAACUUUUAUCUGCUUCAAAACGUGUGUUUUUCUCUUUUUAUUGUCAGUUUUUAUUAA